UCGCGGCCUCGGAAACGCCCCUCGCCCAGGUUCUCCCUGGGAAGCUCUGAGAAGACGCUUGAUGAGAGGCUUUCUGGGGAAUGUAGUUCGCGACGCGUGAGCAGUGACGCGACACGUGCGUGUGUGUGUCCGCGUGCGUGCGUGUGUGUGUGUGUGUGUGUGUGUGUGUGUGUCCUGAUCACCCAGGCAACGACCCGGAGGCACAGCUACUGGUUGUAGGAACUAGCGUGGUAGCCAGCGGCGGGCCUAGAGCAUUUGCCGGCUCAGAGUCUGGGCGUUUCUGCGCUAGCAGCAGAGGACGGGGCGGGACUUCCGUCGUCGCCAUUGCAAUCUUCGCCGCGCAGUUGGUGGGCUGGUUGGCAGUCGGCUGCUGGGACCAGAGAUGGGCAUAGGGAAGUCCCGGGACUGUCACCGCACCACUGCAUGCACUUUUACCCCUCGGCUCAUGGUUCCUCCUUCCUGAGCCUUGGUUUCCCCAGAUGUAGAACGGAGGUAAUGUACUCCGCCUUAGCCCCACGGUCCCCGGAGACAGCUCCCAGGUCCUUGGGUGCAUUUUAUACGGGGAAGACUUACUAAAACCCUGAGUGCGACCGUCAGCACGCGGUCACCCCGGGCAGUGGGGGCGUAGGGUUUUGGAUGACCCCGCAGGGCUUGUCACUGUCGCUGCCUUGCACGGACCCGCCCACUCCACAGACUCUGACCAGGCCAGCAACCUCGCUGAUGGACCCCGGGCAGGUCCAGGUCAUGGGUCAACUGGCAGUCACAUCCUCUUGAUGACUUCCCCCCCAACGUUCAUAUUUCUGGAAUCCUAUGGGAUAAGGUCUGGAAGGGUAUCCCAGGCACAGGGACCAGCAUGUGCAAAUUUCUUGAAGCCCAUCUGUUGGCCUUCUAGCUUAGCUGUUUCAUCAUUGCAAAGCCCAGUGACCUUUGAAGAUGUGGCUGUGUACUUUUCCAAGGAGGAGUGGGGGCUUCUUGAUGCAGGCCAGAGGGACCUGUACCACAAUGUUAUGCUGGAGAACUUUCAGCUCAUGACCUCACUUGGUUGUUGGCAUGGAGUGGAAGAUGAGGGGGCCCAUUCCAAGAAGAAUGCUUCUAUACAAGGGAUGUUACAGGUCAGGAUCCCCACUGCAAAUCCUUCCACCCAGAAGGCUGACACCUGUGAUAUGUGUGGCCCAUUCUUGAAAGACAUUUUGCACCUGGAUGAACAUCAAAGAACAUAUCCUGAGAAUACCCUCUAUACAUGUGGAGCAUGUGGAAGAGAGUUUUGGUUCAGUGUGAACCUUCACCAGCACCAGGAGGAGCACAGUAGAGAAAAGCCCUUCAGAUGGGACAAGGACAGGGACUCAUUUGUGGAACACUCUAUAGUCCUUCUGUCAGAGAAGCCUUUCACUUGUGGGGAAGAUGGUGAGGAUGCCUUGGACAGCCAUGACCUCUUCCAGCAUCCAGCCAUUGAGAGCAGUGGGAAGCCAUAUAGAAGCACAGAGUGCAGGAAGGCCUUUUCACACAGUUCUAAUCUUGAGCAGCUCUUAGAAGUCCAUUCCACCCAGGAGCUCUUCAAGUGCAGCAACUGUGGAAAAGUCUUUCAGAAGAGCUCCACCCUCCUCAACCACCUGAGAAUUCAUUCUGAAGAGACACUGUUUAGAUGUCCAACAGUUGAAAAUUCCUUAGAGGAGAAAUCAACCCUUGUUAAUCACCAAAAAUGUCAUAAUGAAGAGACAUGUCAUGUAUGUAAAGAGUGUGAGAAGACCUUCAGUCACCCUUCUAAACUGAGGAAGCACCAGAAAUUUCACACUGGAGUAAAACAUUAUAAGUGCAAUGAUUGUGGGAAAACCUUCAGCCACAAACUCACACUUGUUCAUCACCAGCGAAUUCAUACAGGAGAAAGACCUUAUGAGUGCAGUGAAUGUGGGAAAGCCUUUAAUAACAGGUCACACCUCACUCGGCAUGAGAAAGUUCACACUGGAGAAAGGCCUUUUGAGUGCAGCAAAUGUGGAAGAGCCUUCAGCCAAAGCUCUAAUUUCCUUCGGCACCAGAAAGUUCACACCCAAGUAAGACCAUAUGAGUGCAAUCAAUGUGGUAAAGCCUUCAGCCGUAGCUCUGCUCUCAUUCAACACUGGAGAGUUCACACUGGAGAAAGGCCUUAUGAAUGCAGCGAGUGUGGAAGAGCUUUUAAUAAUAACUCCAACCUUGCUCAGCACCAGAAAGUUCACACUGGAGAACGGCCUUUUGAGUGCAGUGAAUGUGGAAGAGACUUCAGCCAGAGCUCCCACCUCCUUCGACAUCAGAAAGUUCACACUGGAGAACGGCCUUUUGAGUGCAGCGAAUGUGGAAAAGCCUUCAGCAAUAGCUCCACUCUCAUUCAGCACCAGAAAGUACAUACCGGGCAAAGGCCUUAUGAAUGCAGUGAAUGUAGAAAGGCCUUCAGUCGCAGCUCCAGCCUGAUUCAGCACUGGAGAAUUCACACCGGCGAAAGGCCUUAUGAGUGCAGUGAAUGUGGGAAAGCCUUUGCUCACAGUUCCAGUCUCAUUGAGCACUGGAGAGUUCACACAAGAGAAAGGCCUUAUGAGUGCAGUGAAUGUGGGAAAUUCUUUAGCCAGAACUCCAUUCUCAUUAAACAUCAGAAAGUUCACACUGGAGAAAGGCCUUAUCAGUGCAGCGAAUGUGGGAAGUUCUUUAGCCGAAAGUCCAGCCUUAUUUAUCACUGGAGAGUUCACACUGGAGAAAGGCCUUAUGAGUGCAGUGAGUGCGGGAGAGCCUUCAGCAAUAAUUCUCACCUGGUUCGUCACCAGAGAGUUCACACACGGGAGAGGCCCUAUGAGUGCAGCCAGUGUGGGAAAGCCUUUAGUGAACGAUCCACACUUGUUCGACACCAGAUAGUACAUACCAGAGAAAGGACUUAUGAGUGUGGCCACUGUGGAAAAAUUUUUAGCCGUCUUUGCAAUCUUGCUCAGCAUAAAAGGAUUCAUACCUGAGUGGAGUCUUAUGGAAAUGGUCUUUCUGAGAAGAUUUUCAGCCAAGUCAGACUUGGAGCAGAAUACCCACAGAGAAGUUACCUACAUGUACCACUAAUUUGGAGAAGCCUUCAAAAGCUACCCUGGCCUUUCUCAGCAGCCCAGAGCUGAGCUCUCUCCCCUAUGGAGCACAAAUCCCUUUUGAACCUGCCUGGAUCCAAAUAUUUGCAACAGUCAUCUACAUAUGCAUGGAAAAAACAGCUCCCUGUGCCUCCUUUCCACUUUCCUGGAGGAAAACAGACUUAUCCUGGGCCCAUUGGAAUGGCUUCAUUCCCACUGCCUCUGAGAGGGUUAGGAAACGAACUGACCCCAGGCUGGUUGAGGGGCCUUGAGGGAUGUCCAGUUUGGGCUUCUCAGGAAGACGCACAUUCCUCAUGGAUGUUGUCAUGUCUGCAUGUAAUCCCAAUGAUGUGUCCACUGAGCCCACACAUUACCCUUCCCUGGAACCAUUUACCCUGGUCUUCUCUAUCCAGCAUGAUAAUAAAGACCUCAUUGAUUAACCCAGCUUAAUCUUGGGGGUUGGGGUGGGGUAGGUUGAAAAAAGAAGCAGGUAGAGUGGGGGAAGGCUGAUACAGAGCACCCGACAACAUCUACCUCAGGGUAUAAAAGGAACAUAGGGAAUUGCUCUAUGAUCUUUUGUGGCCCACUUCGCAUUGCAUUUGAAGGACUGGGACAAACUGAAGGGCUCAUAAAGUAAACAUAGUGGCCUGUGUUUCAGAGAUACCUGAAGGCCCAGAGCUCACCCUGAAGAAGGAGGAUGUUAGUCUGCAACAUUAGAAUGGUCUGUUGGAUUAGAGGGCAGGUCCCUAGUUCACAGAGAGAACUCUGGGUUCCCCCAUGUGAGGAGAAGCUGUCUUCUGGUUCCUAAUAAGGAGAUAUGACCCUGGGAGGCCAGUAGAGGCCUAGUGGAUACUGUAUCCACCUAGUGGAUAGAGAAACACUGGGUGUGAAGUAAUAGGGAGUUGGGGAGACUAGGAAACUAUAGGCCCAUGCCACUGGGGAUAAGGAGUAACCACGGUUCUCCAUUAACUGUGGCUCUGCAGGUGAGGCAAGUAUAACUUAAUCUGAGACCCACAGGGGCCAUUUGAGAAGCCAUCAUUAGUACAGAAACACUGGCUGUGGAGAAGAAGACUAGUAAACUAGGGGGAACUUGGCUGUUCUAAAGGUACAUCAGAAAAUUCCAGGUGACUGGCCAAGUGAGAUAAGAGUGCAGAACUACUACUACCUCCUCCUCCUCCU